UGGAUAUGAUGACCUGGGACCUGAAGCGGAGGCAGAUAUGUGUUGCAGGGACCACGAUAAUUGUGCCGAUUACAUUCCCGCUGGGGAAACAAAACACAAUCUUACGAAUAAAGCCUUUUACACUAGGUUAGCCUGCUAUUGUGACUUGCAAUUCCGUCAUUGUUUACGCGAGGCUAAGACAAAAACUGCUAACAAGAUAGGUACUGUAUACUUUGAUUUGCUGGGAACUGAGUGUUAUAAAGAAGAUUAUCUUAUAACCGGCUGUAAAAAGAGAGGCGGAUGGUUAAACACCAAGUGUGUGGAGUAUUCAUUUGAUGAUAGCAGCCCACCUCGACAUCAAUGGUUCGAUGUACCUAACUACAACUGACAAUAUUCGUUAAAUGGUCCGUAAUAUAAUAUUUAUUGGAACGCA